AUGUAUAAAUCUACAUCGUUAGAUUCAUUAAAUCUACCGACAACUUCAACAAUGUCAGUAUUAACAUCGACAACAAAUCCAGAAGUUCAAUAUAGUUCUUUUGCUAAGUUAGCUCGUCGAAUGGCGAUCAUUCCGACGCCAAAUCGACCUCCUAAAUUAUUAACAUCUGCUAAAGUUCCGUCUUCUACUAAUAAAAAUACAUCUAUUACCAAAACUAUUACUACUACAGAUAAGCAUCUUGACUCCGAUGACAGUAACAAAGUUUCACUUAAUCGUAAACAAGAAUCAUUAGAACAGUUAAAUAUCGAUGACAAUCAAUCAGUUCAUGAAGAUCAUAAUAAAGAAGAAGAUGACGAAGAUAAUCUAUUUGAUAGAUUUAUUUGUGAAAAUUUUGUUCCUUUUUCUGGCAUACAACCAAUUGAUCAAUGGUUAGAUGAGACAGAAAUGUUAUUUCAUCGAUUCAAAAUUUCACGUAAACUUCGACUUAAAGCUGUACCACUUCUAGUUCAGGGUGAAGCUAAACGAAAAUAUAUUAAAAACCGUCGAUCUAUUAGUUCUUUUGAUGAUUUCUAUGAAUUCUUGUUAACACAUUUCGAUACAAAUACUGUAGUAUCUAGCAAUUCACAGCUUAACCAGGUCGCUCAAAGUAUUCAGUCAGUGAAUAAUCAGUCGUAUAACAAUAAAUCGAGUACAGAUUUAACUUCGAGCGUUGUGAAUAAUACCAAUUCCAUUCAGAUGUCUCAAUCAUGUCUUUGUUCUAGUAAUAAGGUCAUUGUUAAAGAUACCACCGAAGUUAACGGUGAUGUAUCUGAGUCUAAGUUAACCGGAAACAAUUCAUCAACAGAUAAUACUUCGCUUAAUUCAGUUGUAAAUGACUUACGUAAAGCAAUUCUGACAGAUUUUAUUAAAAAUCCAAAGAUUUUUCGUGGGAAUAAAGAUGAUGUAAUUAAGUGGUUAGAGGAAAUCGAUCAUUUAAUGCAAACUGCACAUGUUCCUGAAUGCAAUCGACUUGAUUUAAUUUCGUAUUCUUUACGAGGAGACGCACUUCAAUGGUAUCGAAACAACAGAUCUACGUUAACUAGUUGGAGUCUUUUUGUUCAGGAAAUUAAAAAAGCAUUUACAUCAUCAUUUUGUGAAGAGUUAGCCUUUAAAACUCUCGAAUCAUAUACACAAAGUGCAAAUCAGUCAGUUCGAAAUUUUUACAACGAAGUAAUUAAGUUGUGUAAACAAGCUGAUCCUAGUAUGAGUGAAUCAACUAAAUUGAAAAAUCUUUUAAACAAGGUUAAACCUAGUAUUCAACUUGAAGUACGCAAGAAAAAACCAAAAACCACUGUCGAAUUUCUUGAGUAUGCUAAAGAAGUUGAAGAGUUGUUACAAUUAUCGAGUACUAAUAUUGACACACAUACUAAUUACGAUUCUAAGCCAACAAAUAUUGUUAGAACAACGAACGCUUCGAGUAACUUGUCUUCAUAUU